UUUAUCCUUGCAACCACCACGGAUGACACCGGAUGUGAUAAGUAAAGCGGUGUUUGAUAGAAUUUAAAUUCUAUUGGGAUCGUGUAAAUAUAUAAUGAUUAUAAUGACUCCUAAUAAUAAAGCUGUGAUAAAAGCAUCAUUAAAAACAACACAAUGGAAACAAUGUGUCAAUCACUGGUGGCAAAUUAAAGAAGAUCACAAAAAACACUUCCAUCUUAUGAAGAUUCAUCUUUUGUCUCCAUUUUUGUUUAGUAAGGUGCAUCAAGAUGAUUGUUGGAUUGAGUGGGCUAAAAGUGCAGGAAUGUUAACUCAAAAAAGAAUUAGUAAACUUGAUGAAUUGAGUGAUCAAGAGUUGGUCUAUACUGAACUCAUUGAAUCUGCAAUGUUAAAGUUGCAAGAAAAACUUAGUUCUCUUUCAAAAAAGUCCACCUACUACAUUAAAUUUCUUGAAGUCAUCAUGAAUGAUAUUAGUUCUUGUUGUUCAAGCGAUGAUUUGAGAAAAGCAAUGGCUUGUGUGCAAGAUAAAAAAUGGUUCAAGUCAGUUAGAUCACUGUUUAAAAUCAAAAUAAAUUUUAUGUCAGAUGCAGCACUCUUCUUGUCAGCUUGGCAAUUGUGUUUUUACAUAAAAGCUAUCUACAAUGGCCAAAAAUUAAUGGAAUUAUAUGAAUCAGAUACUGCCAUCGAUGAGAGGUUAUCAAAAAUCAAGCAGCAAGGUAAUAGUUAUUUCUCACAAUGUGAGUACUCCAAAGCAAUUGAUAACUACACAUCAAUUCUUAAUUCAAAACAGUAUGCUUACGUUGUUUAUGGAAAUCGUGCUGUUUGUUAUUUAAAAAUGCAAAAAUUCAGAUCAGCUGUUUCGGAUGGUCGAAGAACUACAACAUUAAAUCCAAUGUGGGACAAGGGUCAGUAUCGUUAUGCUCUUGCGUUGUAUGAGUUAGGUUACAAGAAAGAUGCACUUGAGGCUUUAUUAAAUGCUGUUAAUAUUUGUGAAGAAAAUAUGGAAUUGCAAGUUCUCUAUGAAAAGAUAAAACAAGAAAUUAUGGAUACAAAAAUGAAUCCUUUUACUGCUGCAUUAAAGGGUGUUUUAAAAAGAAGUAAUGAAAACUAUAACUCUGAAAGCGAAGAUUUUGAAAGUGAUGAAGAUAUUUCUAUAGCAUCUUUAAAUUAUGAGAGCCCUGAAAAUAUGCCAUUAUUAAUCACUGAUGAAGAUUCAGAUGAAGAUUCUCUAAAAAUUCAUUUCUAUGAUGAUGAAGACAGUCAUUUUUCUUCUGAUUCUCCCUCUACAAAAUCUUUAAAGAAGCUUUCUACAGGAGAAAAUCUUUCAGUUAAAAUAGAGAAGCUUUCUACAGGAGAAAAUCUUUCAGUUAAAAUAGAGACAAAUCCUCAGCAAACAAUGCUAAGUGAUAUUGAGAAUUACUCUAAAGAGGGAACCAAUGCAUUACAAUCAAAAAAUUUUCUCAGAGCAGUAAAUCAGUAUCAAAAAAGUAUAGAUAUUUUAAAGAUGCAACCCGAGAUAUAUGCUGCACGUUCAACUAUAGCAUUAUUGUAUGCAUAUGCUACAGCAUGCUAUGGGCUUGGUCACACGAAAUGGAAUGAAUCUAUCAAUCAAUAUCAAUUAAUCAAUAAGAAUUUUGCAGAUUACUGUUUCCCUCUACCUUAUCUAGGUAUUGGACAAGUUUUGUUGGCACAAAACAGGUUUAAAGAAGCUCUUCAUCCAUUGCAAAUUGCAUUAGAAAUAAGUUGGAAGCCAAAUGCUUUAGUUAAUGUUCUAUGGCCUGGUUCAUUAGAUUAUAUAGAAGAAUCAAUACCAGGGAACCUUCGUCCAGCCGUUGAAUCUUUACUGGAUUUAUGCAGGUGUCCUCCCGCUCCAGAUGCUAAAUGUCAAUAUUCACUGUGUGUAUUAAAAACAAGAAUAAUCUAUUACAAUGAUCCUGAUUUCAAAGUUAUUUGUCUGCAGUGCAAUGCUAAGGAAGGAUCUAACUGUUAUAUCAAGAUGCAUCCUGUUUGUUGGAACAAGUUCAAAAAAGAAAUGGAAGUUUCUAAAAAGGAAGUUCUGAGGAGUAAAUGUCUAACCCCUGAUUGUUCUGGUAUUGUGAUAAAAAUUAGUUGUCAAGAAUACAUUGAUGGCAAACUUAAAGACAAGUGGGCAGAAGAAGUAGAAAAAAAAGUAGCAGAAAAAAAGAAAUCAAGUACCAAAGUCAAAAAUAGACAAACAAAAUCUGAUAAGAACUUGAAAAAAUAUUCUCUCAUAAAAAAGAAUGAAGUAGUAAACAAUGAAGAACAUUCAAAUUCUAAUGUACUUCAAAAAGAAGUAAAAAAUAACACAACUAUAAACACCAAUUCUCCAGUAACUCCAAUAAACAAUGAAGAUGCUGAGGUCAUUAUUUUAAUGAACAAAAAUGAAGAUAGUUUAUUCCAGAUUAAAUCAAAAAAGAGUAAGCCAGCCAAAAAAAACAUAAAACCAAAGGCUAUUUUGGAAAUCCCCUAUCAGGAUCUUAAAAUUAGAACUGCUUCUGUAAAUUCAGUGAAAGAUCAGUCAACGGUUUUAUUGCAAACAAAUGUGAAUAGCAGUAACUCUAUUGUUGACAGCGAUUGCAUUUCUGAUGAUUUCUCUGAAUAUAAUGGGUUUGUGUAUGAGCCAUUAGCAACUGCAGUAGAUAUAUACCAAAAAUUCGAACAGCUUUUAGAAAAGAAAGUUUUACUUGAUGUCCACAACAGCCAACAUGUGAUUGAAUUUAUUAAUAGCUUAGAUGAGAAUUCUAAACUCUUGAUUGAAGAAGUUGGAGGUUUACGAACAUUUCUUUGGAAGUGUAACAAAUUUUCAUUUGAUAAAAAAAAUAGAAAUAUUGUAUAUCUAUCAAGCGAAGAAGUAACAUUUCAAGUUUGGAAAGACCAUAUUCAAAAAAGUAGUUCAACAUCUACAGUUAUUAGUGAAGAAUCUUUUUCAAAUAAUUGUUCAACUUCUCCCGGUACAAUGAAUCCAUAUGCCAUAGAAUUUUAUCCUCAAUUUACUCAGCCACGCUCCAGCAAGUCUUCAGAAUCAGAAGGUUUUGAUUAUUUAGAAAAUGAUACUCUUUUUUUAAUAGAAUCAAAUUCUUUAGAAUCUUCCAUUAUAGCUAAUCAUACAGAUGAAAAAUUUAGAAAAGUAGAAAAUGAAUUUGAAAUAUACGAAAACCAGUGCAAGAUUUCUCUUAUAACCCCGAAUCAAGUCACUAAUAUAACUCCUCUAUCAAAAGAUUGGUCUAACAGAGAUUGUGAUUUAGAUUGUGAUUUAGAUUUAAAUUGUGAUCAAGAUCUUCCUGAUUUGAUUGAGGAAGUCAUCUUUGACUCAGUUAACACAUCAUUUGAUACAUCUUUUGUUGAGUCUAAGUAUAAUAUUGAAGAAAACAGUUUAAAUGAUUUAGAAUUAAAGUUGUUAAUGUCUUUAGAUCCAUCCAAAAGAUCUAGUAUAGUUCAGAUGGGCAAAACUGAAAGUAUAGAGCUUUUUCAAAUGUUGUUAUUAAAAGAUGCAAAGCGCAGAGGAAAACAAAGUUCCGUUGAACCUCUAAUUUUAUCAAAUGAAAAUGAUGUUGAAAAUGACUUUGUUCAACUUCAUUCAAUAAACUCUACUCAAAAUGAAUUAAAUGCAACUGUGAUUAAUAAAAACAGAAAAAAAAUUUCUGGUAUAUGCAAAAAGGAACAGCCUUUACAUUAUACAUGUGAUGCUGAUCUGAGUUCAUUUCCGGCAGAUAAUUUUCUUGUUAAAUCGAAAAAAGAUAAGUUGUUGAAUGAAGCAGAAAAUGAAAACUUUUUUGACCUAAUGUUAAAAGGAAACCUAAAAAAUGAAAUUGAGCGCAUCAUCACUGCAUGUACAACAAAAUAUCUUUCAGACUAUUGUUAUGAGAGAUUAAGUAAAGAUAUUAUCUCAGGGCUAGCACAAGGAAUGUUUACUUUUCGUGAUCGAGAAACUUCAAAAGCUACUAAAAAUUUAUCAGAACUUGAUGAAAACUCAGAAUACCACAUAGAGAUUGAUAAAAACUUUGAAAAGUUAUUAAGAGAUUUCAGAGUUGGUUCUUUUGCUGAUAUUGGAGUACAAGUAGAGAUAGGAUGCAAAGAACAUGGUGAUAUUAUGAGAAGGAAUGAUAUACUUAAUAAUAUUAACAAAGAGUUAAUUAAUGAGCGGAAAAUGAGUCAGCAGAAAAUUGAUGAAUCAGCUCAUUUUCUACAAGAUCUUAAUUUAAAGGUCAGCUCUAUACAAGAAAACUUUAAUAAUGAAAAAAAAGAUGCUCAAAAACUUAUUGAGAAUCUGCAAUCAACUAUCAACAAGUCCUCAAAAGAAUUAACAAUACAACAAAAUAGUCAUCAAAUUGAGUUGAAGAAAAUAGCAAGUGAAAAAAAGGAGUUGCAAAAUCAAAUUGUUAUUCUAAAUCAAAAGCUAACAGACCAGCAAAGACUGAUUUAUGAAUCUGCACUAAAAGAUGAAAAAAUUUCUCAGCUAGAAAAAGAAUUAAAAGAUCUUCGAUUCAAAAAACAGAAUCAAGAUGCUGAUCAUGAAGAGAUUGUUAAUCAUUUAACAACUUCUAACAUUGCACUUUCAAAACGUGCUGAAAAAGUGGAGAUGGCAUUUUUAAAAGUCAAUAGGGAUGCUGUUAUAAACAAAUACAACCACCAAUCUGAGUUAAUAAAUGACGUCAAAAAAAGAAUUGAAAUGAUGCCAAAAAAUUCAGAUUCUAUUAAAAUAUGCAAUGUCUGGGAUAGUUAUAAAAAGUCAUUUUACGAUAGCUAUGAAAAGAUGAUUGAAGAGUUCAAUAAUCUAUUUGAGGAAUUGACAAAAGGUAAAUCUCUUGAAGAGUUGCCACCUGCCAAGUAUACAGAGCCACCACCUUUACCCGUGCCUCUUAACAUGAAUAUAAAUAUACAAAGUGAAAUGAAAAAUCCAUCUCCGAUGAGCAAUAGUAUGCAAUCAACAUCACCUUCACAACAUCACCAAUCAUCACCUAGUUUAUCAAAAAAUAAAGAUAGCAACUAUGCAAAACCAUCUAAUUUUUCUAAUAACAAACCUGAUGUUAAAAAAUCUCCAACAAGCAGUGGUUUAAAGAAUAAAAAAAUGUUUGAUAAGAUAAUAUUGGGUCUUGUACCACUAUUUCCUAAUUUAUCGCGUGAUGAACUUGGUUAUCAUGUGAAAGAGUACAGAAAGUUAAAUAGUGGAUCGUUAUCAGGAGUGCGAAUUAAUAUACUUAUCAAUAACAUUUCUGAAAUGAUCAAAAAGAGUCUGAAUAACCAGAAUGAAAGAGUUACUAAAAAUGAGACCAAUCACAUGACUACACCUACAAAACGAACUCGUGCUAACCAAGAGUGUACCACAUGGAAAGAAACAGUUACAACUCAUAAAAAAAAGAAUUCUAUUUUUGGAAAUGAUGAAGCAUGUGUAAUAUGUUUUGUUGAUAUGAGUGUUGCAACCACUGUAACUUUACAAUGUGGUCAUAUUUUUCACAAAGCGUGUAUAAGUUGCUGGCUAAACGAGCAAAGAACAUGCCCGAUCUGUCGAGAGUAUGCACUUUUGCCAGAUGAAUUUCCUGCUUUAAGUAAAGUGGUUAAAUAAUCAAAGAACAAUCAGAACCUUUUAAAAGUAUUCACUAUUGGAGGAAGAACUUCUUGCUCUUGAAGUUGAGUAUUGGGGUACAUGAAAUAAGCAACAGUUUCUUUAAUAAAAUCUUGUUUUUCAGUUUUCUAUUUUUCUAUUAUUUUUUUUAAUUAUUUUACGUUAUUAUUAUUUAGUGUCUUGUUAUAACAUUGCUAAAAAUAAAUAUUUUAACUUGGUAAUACUUAGAAUCUUAAAGAAUAUCU